AUGUUCUGCGCGAUCAGCGGCACGGUGCCAGAGGAGCCCGUCGUCUCGAAGAAGACGGGCCACGUCUUUGAGCGGCGGCUGAUCGAGAAGUACGUCCAAGAGACGGGCAAGUGCCCCGUCACCCAGGCCGAGCUCAGCCAGGACGACCUGCUGCCGCUGGCGACGAACAAGACCGUCAAGCCGCGCGCGACGCCGGCGACCAGCAUACCCGGCCUGCUGGGGCUGUUCCACGAUGAGUGGGAUGCGCUCAUGCUGGAGACCCACGCGCUGCGGCAGGCGCUGCACACCAGCCGGCAGGAGCUGAGCCAUGCGCUAUACCAGCACGACGCGGCGUGCCGCGUGAUCGCGCGGCUGAUGCGGGAGCGCGACGAGGCGCGCGGCGCGCUCGACAGCAUGCGGGAGACUCUGCGGGCCGAGUUCGAGGCUAAGAAGCGCGGCGCGGAGGACGGCGCCGCCGAGGACGGCGAGGAGGCGCCCAGCAAGCGCGCCAAGGCUGCGGGGAUACCCCAGUCCGUGCUGGACGAGGUUGCCGAGGUUAACGCGGCGCUGUCCAAGGCGCGCAAGAAGCGCGUCGUGCCCGACAGCGUGGCGACGCCCGAGGAGGUGGCGGGGUAUACGCUCGUGGGCAGCUACGCGGUGCACAGCGCCAGCAAAGGCGGCAUCGCGGACAUUGACCUGCACCCGCAGCAGCCCAGCGUCGCGGCCACCGCCGGCGCCGACUCGACCGUGCGGCUGUUUGACACCCAGCAGGAGCGCCAGCUCGCCUCCCUGCAGGGCCACACGAAGCGCGUCACCGCCGCCCGCUUCGCCGGCGCGACCGCGCUCGUCACGGGCUCCGCCGACAAGACGGUGCGGCUCUGGCGCGCCGAGGCGGAGGGCGGCGACCCGGCCGGUGGCUACAAGUGCGCGGCGGUGCUGUCGGACCAUGCCGGCGAGGUGGUGGCGGUGACCGUGCACCCGGGGCAGCGCUACUUUGUCAGUGCGUCGGCGGACGCCAGCUGGGCGUUCUGGGAUGUGGAGGGCGCGGCGUGCCUCAAGCAG